GUUUAUUUCUGGUAUGUACUAUCAUACACCUAUUCAGUGGUGUAGUCUCACAAAGAAAAUUAUCCCUGUCCUCCAGAAUCACAGCAUCGAAGAGAAAUGGGCGCCAUUGAAUUCAUCUUCAUCGUCUCCGCAGUGCACGUACAUGACAUCGUCAACCACUACUUGGCGAUGCUGGGCCAGGUAUACAACUUCUCCCAGGACUGUGUACUUCAUUAGAAUCUAUUCACAGAUUGAAAAUAUACAAGUAUUAAAUAGAAAUAUUGAGGUGCAAACGAAGUACAAGCAUGAAGAACCCACAGUAGAGAUCCCCGGACACGC